AUGGCCUCCAAACCUCUUUGUGUCAUUCUUCUCACCUUCAUCUUCCUCUUCACUUCUCAAACAAAAGCCCAAGCCCCAGCGCCAGCCCCAGCCCCAGGCCCGACACUCACUCCCUCCAGCCCGUUGAAUUUGACUACAGUCAUACUAGAAAAAGGCUCACAUACUCUCAUCACCCUUUUCACUCUCUUAAAGGACUUCCAACUACUCACCAAAAUCCAAAGCCAACUAAACUCCAAUUCACAGGGCAUCACCCUCUUUGCAGCCACUGACAAUGCCUUCCAACACCUAAACCCCAGGACAUUUAGCGACCUCACAGAUGAUCAAAAAUUGAAGUUCUUUCUCUACCAUGUCGCCCCAAAGUAUUACACUAUCUCUGAUCUCCGAACAAUGAGAAACCCAGUGAUGACACUAGCUUCUGAGAAAAAAGGUUCUUGGGUGCUUAACUUUACCAACCAUGGGAACCAAGUGAAUGUGGCCACUGGCGUGGUCUCGACCCCUAUAACAAAUAUUAUGAGACAACAAUUUCCUUUGGCGAUUUACGAAGUGGAUGAGGUGUUGUUUCCUUUGGAACUUGUUGGAGAUGAAUUUCCUCCUCCAGCUCAAUUUCUUAAGUCAUAAAAAGCACUUCUUUUUUAUUACUCCGUUUAUAUGUAUUUUAUC